CCAGAGGCCCUGAGGACCCAGGGUUUGGAUUCCCUGAACACUUGGGUCCCUGGCUGCUCAACCAAUGAGGGAUAGAUUGGCGAGUCCUGGCGCCCCUGGGUGCAGCUGAACUUGGACAUGGCAGGCACCCGGCUCCUGAUGGCAGUCCUUGUCCUGGGCCUGUGUGUGCUGGCGGAGGCUGAGAAACCUUUGCCCUGCCAGUGCUCACGGAUUAGCCCCCAGAACCGGAAGAACUGCGGCUUCCCCGGCAUCACCAGCGACCAGUGCUUUGACGCCGGGUGCUGCUUUGACACCACCAUCCCCGGGAUCCCCUGGUGCUUCAACCCCCUCCCGAAGCAAGAGUCAGAGGAGUGUGUCAUGGAAGUCUUGGUCCGCAGUGACUGUGGCUACCCGGGCAUCAGCCCCGAGGAGUGCGCCUCUCGAAAGUGCUGCUUUUCCGACGACAUCCCGCAGGUGCCCUGGUGCUUCUUCCCGAAGUCUGUGCAAGACUGUCAUUAUUAAGAGGCAGAGGCUCCAGAGGACCUGCCAGCUCCUGGA